GAGUGCCCCACAUGUAUCUCGAAAUGCUAGAGCCACUUGCAAUAGAAAAAGGCUGUGUCGGCAUCUCCAGUCUCAUUUUGCCCAACAUCUUCUCAGCCGCUUCACGCUCGCGACGCCGUUGCUCUCAACCUUAAACGAAAGGUAUGCCUCCGGAAUCCCACGCCUUCAACUGCUACGGCUCCAUUUUUUUCCCCCUAGGGUUUUGAAUUAGUUUCAGCUCGUGAAAAAAAUGGUUUCAGUGAUGAACGGCAACGAUUUCGCCCGUAAACCGGACGCGAUUGAAGCCGUAGCUCAAUCGAAAGCUACGGUUUCCGAUGACGUUAAUGGUAUUGAGAAUACUAGGUUGUCAGAAGAUACUAGGGUUUCAGGUACAAAGUCUGUAAAUACUGUGGGGUCUGAAGAGGUUAGGGUUUCUCCGGAGCUGGUUAACCGAGCCCCCGAUGGUUUUUUUGAGGGUAGGGUUUCUGUAAGAGGUGUUAGUAGUAUGGAGAAUGGUAGAUGUGAGGAAACUAGGGUUGCGGAGGAAAUGAAGGAUGGGGAUGGUGAUAUGGUAAGUGGUAUGAGAAGUAGUGAAGUCGAGACGCAUUCGGUGAAUGACAAUGGAUUCAGCGCUCUGGAAAGUGAGACCGAGCAAUGGAACGGUGGAGGUAGGGUUUCGGAGUCGGGGGUUGGAAAGGGAUUUGUAGAAGCGGGAAAGCCUUGUGUUUCUGAGUACGAUGCUUUGAUUUCGAUGUUUGAUGAGUAUGCAGCGAAUGACAAGGGUAAGGCCGUGGGAUCUGCUGGGGACUCUAGUUCUGUGGGUUAUGGUUAUGAGAUAGGGGAUAUGGUUUGGGGGAGGGUGAAAUCUCAUCCAUGGUGGCCGGGACAUAUGUAUGACGAAGCGUUUGCAAUGCCUUCGGUUCGUCAGACAAAGAGAGAGGGUCAUGUGUUGGUUGCUUUCUUUGGUGAUAGUAGUUAUGGGUGGUUUGACCUGGCUGAGCUCGUCCCAUUUGAUUCUAAUUACGCUGAGAAGUCGAGGCAGACGAAUAUGAGAACUUUCGUGAAGGCUGUUGAAGAGGCAGUUGAUGAGGCAAGCAGGAGGUGCGCUCUGGCGUUGGCUUGCCGUUGCAGAAACCCAUAUAAUUUUCGACCUGGUGACGUUCAAGGCUACUUUGCGGUUGAUUUGGGUGACAAUGAACCUGCAGGGGUUUACUCCAUGACCCAGAUUAGGAAGUCGAGAGAGAGUUUCCGGCCAAGAGAUGUUAUUGCUUUUGCGAAGCAGUUGGCGUUGACCCCUAGAGGUGAUGGGCAUGGUAGUAUUGAAUUAAUCAAGAAUAAGGCUACUAUUAUGGCUUAUCGGAAAGCAGUGUUUGAGGAGUUCGAUGAGACCUAUGCUCAAGCAUUUGGGACGCAGCCAGAGCGCCCGAAUCGUGAACCAUUGCAAGCAGUCACUCAACCUGCUAGAGCUCCCUUGAGUGGCCCAAUGGUGUUUGCAGAAGUUAUGGGUAAGAAGAAGAACUCUACAAAGCAUAACAAAGCAAAGGACCAACCAGACAACGAUAGAUACCUUUUUAAGCGGAGGGAUGAGCCAAACGAGUUGAAAAUUCCACAAACAGGGCAAAAAACUUCCUCUUUGGGGCCGUCUCUUGUAGAUGCGCCUCUAGAAUUAGCAACCGGGGAUUAUGUGUUGCAAAAGCGAGCUCCAGCACUCUCUCCAAAGCAGCAGAUCCCAGCGAAACAUGAGCAGAUGUUCACGACAGAAAUGAACAGCCCUUCAACCUCAGGUCGAGUUACAACUAUAGAGGACAAGCCAGUCACUCCCAGAUUUACUGUGAUUGACCACACCAGUCCUCUCUUAGAACCUAACUCAUCUAAAUCAGUUGAUGGCUUUCAGCAACCUCCAAAUUUUGCAGCUAAAGUUGAGCAAACACAUGGACUUGAUGUCAAGUUUCAGGGUCAAGAUUCAAGAUUUCGCACGGAAACUGGGGGAAAGAAGACCAAGCUUGUUAAACGUCCUGCAGGGGAAUCUGUUGCUGAGAAAUCUUCCUUGGGGGAGAAGAGAGAGAAGAGAAAGAAGGAAUUGGGCAUGGAAAUGAGUAUGCAGAAAAAGGCUUUCACUGGAAAUGCUCGUCCGCCUCCUAGGGAGGAUAUUCGAAUAGAGCAUCAAAAGAAGGAUAAUGGAGGUAGUUCAUUGUUUCGUGAUUCCCUUGGACCGCUGCCAGGAACAAUUGGUUUGGGGAAACUUGAGCUUAAGCUUCCACAAUUGCUGGAUGGUUUGCAAGUUCUUGCCCUGAAUCCCUUCUGCGGUAUGGAAAGCAAUAGUCCGGCGAUUAUUCGGCAAGCUUUUUUGAACUUCCGGUCCCUUGUUUACCAGAAAAGCUUGGCCAUGUCAUCCUCAUAUGAGAUGCAGUCACAUGAAGUUCCUCCCCCUGAGAAUGUCAAAGAUCUUCCAACUGCAAAACCACAAAAACCUCUAGUGAGGCCAGCUGAUACGACAAAAGGUGGCCAUAAAAGGGUCCCAUCCGAUCGUCUGGAAGAAAUGAGUGCAAAGAGGGUGAAGAAGAUUAAUGACAUAAAGUCUCUGGCUAUUGAGAAAAAGGCUACUGAAAGAAAUCUAGAAUCCCGAAGAGAUGCUAAAGAAACAAUGGAUUCAAGACGAGCAAAAUGGUUCAAACCAGACCCUAUGAAGAAAAAGGAGUCAUUAGCCAAGGUGCGUGAACCGACUAUAUUAGUGAUGAAGUUCCCUCCCAACACAACGCUCCCAGCUGGAUUUGAGCUGAAGGCUAGGCUGGCUCGCUUUGGACCAUUGGACCAUUCUCGCACCCGUAUUUUGUGGAAAUCGUCACAAGUACAUGUAGUCUUUAUUCACAGAGCUGAUGCUGAGGCAGCACACAGGCAUCUUAUGGGACGUAAUACGUUAUUUGGCAAUUUGGAUAUGAGAUGCAGCAUCCGGCCUUUGGAAGCGACAGCACCUGAAUCAGAAACCAAGGUCCAGAGAGAAGACGGUCCCAUAGAAACCCCGCACUUGAGGGACUCUAGAGCGGAACAACGGCCGACAUCAGCCAUGCUGCUGAAGUCGUGUCUGAAGAAACAGGUGGGUGAUGAGGCAGCAGCGGUUGCAGCAAGUGGGAGCAAUGGUGUUGGUGGCAGAGGGGCCCCGCGUGUUAAAUUCGUGCUGGGUGUGGCAGAAGGUAGUAGCGGGGGAGAAGAAAUGAUGGCAAGCAAUAACCACUUCAAUAGUAAUGAGGCGGCGGCAACAGGUGGCGGUAGAGUGUUCCCACGUGUAAAAUUCAUGUCGGGUGGGGGAGAAAAUUUGAUGGAUACUAGUAAGAACAUCUUGAACAAUUCUAGUUUUGCUGAUGGUGCAUCUUCUAAUUCUCACGGAAUGGAUUUUAGUAGUCAGAAUUUUCAGAAGGGCAAUUUGCCGCCUCUUCUUCCUCUUCCUCCUCAAUUCCAAAAUGCCCCAACUAAUUUGCGUUACGCCGAAACAACCCUUAGAACAACUACUCACAAUUUAAACGCCAGGCCGAGCUUGAAUUACGUUGACAUUGCACCCGAGAUGCUUAGCCUUCUUGCAAAGUGCAACGACGUUGUGACCAACUUAGUGUGCAAUCUGGGCUUUUUGCCUUACCAUCCCCUCUGAUGUGGUAUUUUGUUUGGGGCUGAGGCCCAAAUUGGACCGACGGGAAAGAUCGAAUUCGGGGUGGUUAUCUCGUGCUGGUAGUUUCAUGGCAUCUCUGCUAGGGGAGACUCUGUAACUGCAAAUCGAAAGCCAUGGCGUGGUGGUCCCGUUGUGUUAAUUGGGUAAUUUUUUGUUUUUUUGGUAUGAACGAUCUGUUUCUGAACACCAUGUACACGGAUAGAGGGGUACUCCAAAUGUAAUGGUGAUAGUGAAAAUGGUCCUCUUUAUUUAAUCUUUUGAGGGCUUUUUAGUAAUUUUUAGUUUAGACCUGUGUGUUUGGUAGGCUUGUUUGAUUUAGUUACAUGACAAAAAUGUCUGUUGUGCUGUGGUUAA